UUCGAGCCCGACAACCCACAAUUCGCCAUGAAAAUCGAACGAUACAAUGCUUUAGUCAAACAAAAAAAUAAAUAAAUUUCAAAUUCAGAAUUUAAAAGAUUGUGGCGAUUUCACAUAAUAUGUUCCAAUUACAAUAUAACGAUGAGACUUUUAAAAUUUAAAUACAGAAUUACGUGAAUAACGGAUAUUUUGACAAUGUUGAACAUAAUAGUGUUGUUAUUGCAAACGACUUUUAUACUGGCAAGGGAGCCGAAACAAGUGACUUUGGUCAAUCAAGGUACAAUAUCUGGAAUGUACAUUACGAGGUUUCGUACUAAACGUGUGGCCGCUUACGUUGGCGUUCCGUAUGCUCAACCGCCGGUUGAAUUUCGAAGAUUUGCUGCUCCGGAAAUCGCGAAUCUGCCACAGUGGGAGGGCGUCAGGAAUGCAACAAUAUUCGCGCCGGAUUGCAUGCAGAGGGUUCUUAAGAAAGAAGACUUGCAGAAUCCAUUGAAGAAGCACGAUGAAUUGUUUAUGAAGCUACUAGAAUCGCAGAUGGAGGAGCCUAGGGAGAAAGAGUAUUCGGAAGACUGUUUAUACCUCAAUGUCUACGUGCCUGAUGGUGAGUAA